CCCCCGCAUCCUGCCCCGUGUCCCCACCAGCUCCCGGCGCCUGGAGAGGGCCGGGAGGAGCCGGACUCGUGUGCGCUGCCCCCGGGGAGGCGGCUGCCCUGCCCCCAGCCUCCCUGCCCCUUGCCCUGAAGGUUCGCCCUCGCCCCCAGCGCUGCCUCCGGGCUCUGCGGUUCUCUCUCUGCUGCUGGGUCUGCCACGGAAGUCGCAGCUCCUCCCCCAGCUGCUUCUCCGCCGGCCCCGCAGCCCUCUCUCUCGCACCGAAGGGUGCAGCUCGCUGCGCGCCUGGAAGGGAGCCGGACCGAGCGCCGGCUCCGUCGCUGCCCAUGGCCGUGUGGGGCUCAUCCGCGCGCAGCCCGUAGAGGAGCCGGACCCCUGGCAGGAGGCUCUGUCCCGGCCAUGCUGCCCUGGGCUGGCGCGCUGGGCCUCUUCCUGCUGCUCCUGCUGUGGGGUGCUUGGGCGCAGCUCUGGCAGGGGGCCGGUCCCCGCAGCUCUGGCCUGCAGCUGGUCUGCAAGCCCUCUGCGCUCGCCACCCACCUGGAGACCUGCUGCCAGAGCCUGAGAGGCUUCUGGGGAGCUCCCUGGGCAUGGAGGGCCCUCCCUUCCCUGCAGAGCCUGGCCAGCCUGGCGGGGCCCGUGGACAGCCGGGUGCAUUUCGUGCGGAACCACCUGCAGCUGCGAGAUGAGGGCUUGGUGGCCCUGGACUGGGCGGUGGGACCAGGCCCCCAGCCAAGGAGACGGGUGUCCGGUGCCGGCGGCACCCCGGUCCUCCUGCUGGUCCCCAACUCCUUCGGGAAGAUCACACGCAAUGUCAGCAAGCUCUGCCGCCUGGCACUGCUUCGAGGCUACCGCCCCGUCGUCUUCAACCGCCGCGGCCACAACGGCUGCCCGCUGAGCACCGCCAGGCUGCAGGCCUACGGGGAUGCCGCUGACCUCCAGGAAGCCAUCCAGUACAUCCGCUACCGGUGCCCCGGGGCCCAACUCUUUGCGGUGGGGGAGAGCACGGGCGCGGGGCUCCUGUUCUCCUACCUGGGGGAGUGCGGUUCUUCCAGCAGCGUGACGGCAGCUGCCUGCAUCUCCCCCAUCCUCAGCCCUCGGGAAUGGAUGGAGGCCGGGUGUCCCUGGCUCUGGCAGCAACUCCUGCUCUGCUACCAGAAGGUUUGGCUCAGCCGGUUUGCCACGGUGCUGGCGGAGGCCGUGCGGCCGGAGCGUCUCCGGGAGCCGCGGGAGCUGGAGGAGGCCGUGUUCUGCCAGGCCCAGUCCUGGGACUCGUACUGGGAGAGGAACGACCCCCUGCGGGACGUGGACGAGGUGGCCACCCCGGUGCUGUGCAUCUGCAGCCGGGACGACCCGGUGUGCGGGGGCGCGCCGCCCCGGGAGCUGUUCGAGACCAACCCCUACCUCUUCCUCGCGCUGGCCCCGGGCGGAGGCCACUGCGGCUUCUUCCGGGACGGGCUGUGCAGCUCCUUCUGGAGCCACGAGCUGCUGCUGGACUUCUUCCAGGCCACGGUGGACUUCCUCCGAGCGGAGAAGCCGAGCGGCCAGGCCAGGCGGAGAGGGGCGCCACCCGCCCCCGCCCCCGACGCCCGCCCAGCGGCCGUGCCCAAGGCCGGGUGCCAGGCAGGAUGA